AUGCCAAUGCUGCCCUCAGAGAGGAUCUCAGAGAGGAUCUAUACAAGCACUCCGUUAGUUGCAUAUCUGCACCAGAGACGACAUGCACUUGUCGGUGCGUCACCACCUCACGCCCUAUGUUCAACACCAGGCCUCGCCAUCAGUACAUGCCCCAUUGUACAAACUGCAAUCGCCAUGGUGAGGUCUGACGAGGCCGACGCCUUCUACUUUGGCGUGUACUCGGCGAUCCAGGAGAUCCCCGUCGGCCGGGUCACCACAUACGGACACAUCGCCGCCCUCUGUGGGUAUCCCCAGCGCCCGAGACAGGUAGGCGUCUGCCUCAAGCAUCUGCCCGCCGACCCAUCUAUGCGCCACCACAAUGGCAACGUCCCAUGGCAGCGUGUCAUCAACGCAAAGGGCCUCAUCUCACCAAGGUCGGCCCCAUCCGGCGCACGCAACCAGGCAGAGACGCUGCGUGCAGAGGGCGUCACGGUCACAGAGAACGCCAUGGGGGAGCUCAGCGUCGACUUUGACACCUACGGGUGGUUCCCCGAGACCCUGCCGUCCGAGGAGACAUCAUCGCAAGAAGGAGGAGAAGGGUAA